GCGCACACACAGCCACACAGCCCACGCGCCGCGCACACAGGGGCGCACGCACACACAGAGGCGCACGCACACAUAGAGAAGCGCACAGAGCCAGUGCGCUCCCUUGGCAGAGGCCAGAUGUUCCUCUCCUAACCUAGAGACAGCCGCCCUGGCCUUGGAGCGGGCCGGGAUCUCCCGGAGCCCCCCAAGGAACCCUGGGCCAGGAUGGGGCCGCCGCCGGGCUCCCCGCCGUCCCUGCUGCCCGCCGCCGCCCUCUGCCUCCUUUCCUGCCUCCUGUCUGCGCCCCGGAGCCACGCGUGCCCCGCGGGCUGUGUGUGCGCGGACUCCCACACAGUGGACUGCCGGGCCCGAGGGCUGCCCAGCGUGCCGAGCGCCUUCCCCCUGGACGUGCGGAAGCUGCUGGUGGCUGACAACCGCAUCGAGGCCAUCCCGGCCGACUUCUUCAUCUUCUACGGAGACCUGGUGUACCUGGACUUCAGGAACAACUCUCUGAGCUCGCUGCAGGAGGGCGCCUUCAGCGGCUCCGCCAAGCUCAUCUUCCUCGACCUGAGCUACAACAACCUGACCGAGCUGGGCGCCGGCACCUUUCGCUCGGCCGGGAAGCUGCUCAAGCUCAGCCUGGCCAACAACCGCCUGGCUGGCGUGGACGAGGCCGCCUUCGAGAGCCUGGAGUCUCUCCAGGUGCUGGAGCUCAAUGAUAACGACCUCCGGAGCCUCAACGUGGCCGCUCUGGCCGCCCUGCCCUCCCUGCGGACCCUGCGCCUGGACGGCAACCCGUGGCUCUGCGACUGCGAGUUUGCCCAGCUCUUCUCCUGGCUCCAGGAGAACGCGUCCAAGCUGCCCAAGGGCCUCAGUGAAAUUCAGUGCUCCCUGCCCAUGGAAAACAGAAGGAUCUUCCUGCAUGAGCUGUCUGAAGCCAGUUUUAGUGAGUGCAAGUUCAGCCUCUCCUUGACCGACCUUUUCAUAAUCAUCUUCUCAGGCGUAGCCGUGUCCAUCGCCGCCAUCAUCUCCAGCUUCUUCCUGGCCACUGUGGUCCAGUGCUUCCAGAGGUGUGCUCCCAACAAAGAUACAGAGGAAGAAGAUGAAGAGGAGGAUGACUGACCAGGGAACUCCUUGCACUUUGUGUCCGAGGACCCGAGCCAGGAGCCCAUCUCGGAGGAAAGAAGGGAAAUGGUGGCUACUGGAGAGUGUUGUCUGCCAUCAAUGUGAGGUCAGCAAGACCUUUCGCCCUCCUCUAGACCUUGAGGUUUCAGACCCUGUUGGCGUGGCUGGGGGCCUUUUUUCUCAAGGCUUAGAAGUCAGCAGAAAGAGAGAGGCCCAAGGGAACCGUCCCUUUGUUGUCCAGCCUCUGGGUUGGGUCUACAAGAAGAGCAAAGGUCAAAGCAAGCUUCCUGCCUGAGGAUGAGGAGGCCCAACCAGGAAAUUAUAGGGGACUCAUAGCCUUUGGCUAGAAUGAUGAUUUGAGUCCAUUCAUUUCUCACUGACCUUACUGAGGUAUUGGCCAUGGUGGGAUGGGACCAAAACAUCUUCCACCCCCCCCAAGUGACAACUUGGGGUUCAAGCCCAGACCCAGACUGACUAGAGAACUGUGACUCAGAGUCAUGAAGACCUGGGUUUGAAUCCUGCUUCAGACGCUUCCUAACCACAUGACCCGAGGCAAGUCAGUGGACCUCCCGAGCCUCGAUUUCCUCAUCUGUAAAAUGAGGAUGGUCACAGCACCUACCUCACAGGGUUGUUGUGAGGGUGAGAGGAGAUAAUGUGUGUCAAGUGCUUUACAAACUCUAAGGCACUUUUAUCGAUGUUUGACGUUAUUAUGACUCUUCCAAUGCUGAAUAGCAGAGAGCUUGCUUCAGAAACUAGAUCUAGGUGCUAGCCUUGCCUCUGCCUCGCACUAACAAGGGCCUUAGCCUCUCAGUGCCCCAGGCAAGUCUAUAAGUCAUGGGCCAGGUGGUGAUCUGCACUGGAAGAGAAAGUUAUUUCCCAGGAGCUCACAAUAGUGAUGAAAUCACAAGCCUGAUCCCCGCCUAAAGAAAUUAUUAUUGCUACAUUUCUCAUUGGAGCAAGAAGUAAACACAUUUUUUAUGAAAAAUAAGCCACAAGAGCCAGUUAAUGACUUGAGCUAAUGGGUUAGAUUCUGAAAUCUAGCAUUAUAAGGGGAGAACAAAUGAGCUGCUGAUCCCACCCAGGGAAAGCAGCUGAGUACCGGUAGUACCAGCUAAUAACUUGGGUUGGGGAGAGAAGAUACAAGAGGGGAUUGGAGGAAGGCACUGAAACUCUCUCCUCAUCUAUAAAGUCAAUUUGGAGAACCAAGGAAAUGGAGGGCAAUUGAAAUUGUGGCAUCUCCCUAGAAGAAUACCCCCCCAAAAUGCAAUCAGUCAGGAAAUAAACAUUUAUUAAGUGCUUAUUACACGCCAGGCACUGUGCUAGGCGUGAGGGGUACCAAUAAAAGGCAAAAGAUAGUCCCUGAUCUCAAGGAAUUUGCUCUCUAGUGGAAGAAACAACAUGGAGACAAGAAUAUUCAAACAAGGUCUAUAACAUGGUGAUGAUCACGAAGGGAAUGGCGUGAGCAUUAAAGGGGAUUGGGAAAGGCUUCUUGUAGGAAGUAAGAUUUCAUCUGGGACUUCCAGGAAGCCAGGAGGCAAGAGAAGGAGGGAAAGCAUUCCCGCCAGGGGGGGCAGGGCAGCCAGUGCAAAUGCAAAGAGUCCAGAGAUGAAGUGUCUUGUGGGAGGAACAGCAAAGAGGCCAGUGCCAUUGGAUCAAAGAGGAAUAAGGUAUAAUAAGACUGGAAGAGUGGGAAAGAGCCAGGUUAUGAAGGGCUUUCAAUGCCAAACAGUCAUUGCGUCCAUUUUCAUGGUCUGCCAUCAUUCUUGACCACUUACCUCUUGUGUCACAAAAUUUUCCAGAGAUCAAGAUCCUAACACCCUCAGGUUCCACAAAAUCACCUGUCCUCUUGUGGUUCCAGACUGGAACUUUCUCCAAAAACCACCUCACCCAUGGCUGUCAGGAAGAAUUGAAGGUUCUUUGGAGCAGGCGAGACCAUGGUGGUACUUUCCCAUUCAUGGGAUGCGAUUUCCACCUUUCAAAGAGGAUGUGAAAACCAAACUAGUUCUUCCUAGCUUUGUUAGGGAAGAAAAUUAUUUCAGCGAAGUUAUUCUGUUACAAGGGACAGGUGUUAGAACAGCCACCAAGAUGUGGAGGGGAUAUUGACCAUCUUAUAUUUUUCUUUCUUCAUUGGUUCUCUGUCUUUUUUUCUGUCUUCCAUCUACAUCCUUCUCUAUUCCAUUCUCUAAUCAUAAUUAUGGAAUUUUUAGUUUAUUUUAGAUGUUUUAUUAAUGCCUUUUAUCUUGACAUCACAGUCAUUUCCAACUCCUGCCCCUUCUACGUAAAACUGUUACCUGUGACAAAGAAAAUCAAUUAAGUAAAAAUUAUCUGAUACAAUCAUAUAAUUUUAAAGAUAGAAUGGACCUUGAUCACCUCUGGUCUGACAUCCUCACUUUGGAGUUAAGGCUUGUUGAGUUGGAAUGAGUUGUCCCAGUUCAGAUAGCUUAUGAAUAGUGACAGAAUUGGGACUCAGUGUGAGAGGUGAGGCCAGGCAGCAGUGCACUAGAAGAAGAUCUGGGGUUUUGAGAGGACUUCAAGUUCAGUAUAUGUCAACAGUGUGAUACGGCAGCUGAGAAACCUAAUGUAAUCCCAAGGAGUUUACCAAUUGUGGGAAUCACUUGAGGGGGGACAUGUGCAUAAAUGCUUUGAGAUCCUUUAAAGGUCUGUAUAGAUGUCAGUUAUUAUCAAUGUCACCUCAUCCCACUCCAGUCUCUGUAUGACUUACUAGAUCAUCUUAUCAUCUUCAAGAUUGGCUGUAGCUGAAAAAUACAUCAGCCUCCUACCAGUUUGGAUAUAAGCCUCUUGAACUUUGCAAGGUUGGUGCUGGGAUGGCAGACAUGGAAUCCCAGCAUGGGCCUGCUUGGCAUCACUGGCCCCACCGGCUAGUGAUAUAUUGGCAAACUAAAACUGAUGAUCAGCUAUUUCUAAAAAUCUCAUGGACAGUUUUGGAAGAAACAUUUAUUUUUGCUUUCAAUUGUAAUUAUUUUAAAUGUUCAUAUGCAAUUAAAGAUCAUAUUUUUAUUCC